ACCACUCCAGGGAGUCCUGAGGCAGAAAACCCACAAUGAAGCUCAUCACCGUGGCCCUGGUGUGCCUGCUGGUGGCGGGGUUGUGGCUGCAGGAUGUGGACAGCAGGAGCAUGCAUGUGUCGUCCUCCAACUGUUGCUUCGUAUUUGCGAAGAGAAUGAUUCCCGUGAAGCAAAUCCAGUGUUACAAAAACUCCAGUUCCUCCUGCUCCCACCCUGAUGGUCUAAUAUUCAAGAUGAAAAGAGGCAGAGAGAGUUGCGUCUUGAAGACAGAACAAUGGGUUAAACAUAAUUUAAAAAAGAUAAACAUCUGCUCAGUGGACCAGUGAUCAGACUCCUUUCU